AUGGAAUCGGGAACCGAGCUUGUUGUUGAUCCUGCAACAAUCACGGCUCGCAUGGCGGUUAAAAGGGCUGUACUAUGUGGAAACCUCGAGGAAGCGAUCAACAAGGGAAGCUUUUAUGAGGAGAUUGAGAGGACUGUUUCACUCCUGGCUUUCGAAGACGUUUCAAACUGUCCGGAAGGGAGGCUUAUGGACGAAUCACGGUGCCUUAAGUUAGCGAGCGAUGCGAAUGUAGCCAUUCUCAGCUGCCAGAAUCUUGGAAAAGACCCCCAAGGCUUGAUGGCUCUAAAGAUGCCGAUGUGGGCUCAGAUUCAACUGGAAGAAAGGGCUGCCUAUACUAGGAUAAACAAUCUCUGGAGCGCCAGACUCGAUGACCCGCAGUUGGACUGGUUAUAUGGAAGAGUAUAG